AAUGACCACACAUCCACGCCUUGCACCUGCGACACCGCGCUCCCACCACACCGCGCCUUCGGGUGCAGCCCGCGACCCCGGGGUAGAGGAACGGGUGGAAGACGACGUUGGGGGGUACGGACAUGGCGUCGGCGAGGUUCUAGUCGAUCUCGUUCAGGAUGUCCUUAGAGGGCCCGCGGAGGAUGCCGGUGAAAUCCUCGUGCAAUCACUCCUAACUCAAACGCGACAUACACCCCAUUGUCAUCAUUUCUGCAUACAACAAGGUCCCGAAGGUGCCCUCGAGAGCGUCAAACACAUUUCGAUACCCAUCGACGUCAACGACGACAUGCAGAUGGUCUCGCUGAUCAAGGGACCCAGUUCGUCAUGGGGUGUCAAUUGCCUCAAGAUGGCCGAUAUCAAGCGGUAUGCGCGGGCGGAGAAAAUCACUGGAGGCAAGAUCGAGCAGAGCAAGGUGUUGAAGGGCGUCGUGCUGAACAAGGACGCACCCGAAUAUGCGGAGGAGGAUCGAGAGGCCGAGAGUUGUGUUGUCGGACUGCCCGCUGGAGUACGAGAACUCAGACGAACAUGGUGUUUCGAUGGGGGCAGACUGGGCGAGGGCACAGGAGAUCGAGGAAGGGCAGGUCAAGGAGUUAUGCUACAAGAUACAAGUUCAAGAGAGUA